UGGAGGUCUACAUGGAGGGCUAUAAAAUACCAAGUGGCGUAGAAGAGGUGAGUGGAGACUUUUUGCUAUGCUUUUUCAUAAAACUGAGAAGUAUCAAGCUCAUGAGAAUCACUUUCAAAGCAAAAGAAAGCAAUUCUUCAUGAAGUGAGCAGCAGGACUGGGGAGCUCUCUGCUCUGUGGAUUCUGGAUGAUUCUCUGCUGUCUUUAUAAGGCUGGGCUGACCAGUUUAGCUGCUUUUCUACUAUUUCAGUUUCUAUUAUUUUUAAAACCUUUUGGCCUGAAUCUUCAAAUUUGUGUGUACUUAAUAAACAACCGUGAAAUAUGUAAUAUUUUAAGGGUGUUUUUUCUUUCUUUUUAAGUUUAAACCUGCCCUGAUUAAGAUAAACAUCUCCAAUUUGGCUGCAGAAGAGAAGACUUGGAGAAUAAAGUCCUGCAGUGUGUUAAACUGUGACAUGCCGGGAAAUAUGGGAUAUCCCAUCACACCUCUCUCACGCCUGGUGUGGCCAGGACCACUGAGGAUACGGUUGCAGAGCUCUGUCACAGCUGCACAGUUCCCCUGAAGCCAGGCUAGUUCUGCUGGGAGGACUUAAAAUAAAAUGAAGGUGUGAAAUAAACCACUGUCUAGAAGGACCGGCGCAUGACAAGUGUUUUCUAUACCUAGGCUGGUGCAGACAGCCACGUGCUACGUCUCUGCUCUGAAGGACUGGGGUGCAAACCAGCUCCAGUUCAGCUCCCGCUUUGAUGCAGCUUCCAUUUGGACAUGUCCAGAGCCUGCUCUGUGACCCCGAGACCUCAGCUGGAUGCUUUUCUACUCCCUCCUGCCUCACCUCAACACCUCAAGACAUCUCUUUCAAAAUCACUUGUCAUUUGAGCUCUGCUGUGUGACAGAUGCAGGGGCUUUAAUCCAGGAUGAAUGAAUGCUACUAUGAUAAGCGCAUGGACUUUUUUUAUAACAUGACGAACACUGACACGGUAGAUGAGUGGACAGGGCCAAAGCUUAUUGUUGUUCUGUGUUUUGGGACAUUUUUCUGCCUCUUCAUUUUUAUUUCAAAUUCAUUGGUCAUAGCAGCUGUGGUCAAGAACAAGAGGUUUCAUUUUCCCUUUUACUAUCUCCUGGCCAAUUUAGCUGCUGCAGACUUUUUUGCUGGAAUUGCCUAUGUCUUCUUGAUGUUCAACACUGGCCCAGUGUCUAAGACAUUAACUGUUAACCGCUGGUUUUUACGUCAGGGUCUUCUGGACACCAGCCUGACAGCUUCCCUGGUGAAUCUCCUUGUCAUAGCUGUUGAGCGGCACAUGUCGAUAAUGCGGAUGAAGAUCCACAGUAAUCUCACGAAGAAGAGAGUCACCUUUUUAAUUAUAUCUAUCUGGGCCAUUGCUAUUUUCAUGGGUGCUGUUCCUACCCUGGGUUGGAACUGCCUCUGUGACAUUACCGCCUGCUCAUCCCUGGCACCUAUUUACAGCAGAAGUUACCUGGUGUUCUGGAGCGUCUUAAACCUAGUCGUCUUCUUCAUUAUGGUGGUGGUUUACAUAAGAAUCUACAUGUAUGUCCAGAGAAAAACUAAUGUCUUGUCGUCGCACACUAGCGGAUCCAUUAGCCGCAGGAGAACCCCUGUGAAGCUUAUGAAGACUGUCAUGACUCUCUUAGGUGCUUUUGUUGUCUGCUGGACCCCUGGCCUGGUCGUCUUACUGCUCGAUGGUCUGAACUGCACCUACUGUGGGAUUCAGAAUGUUAAAAGGUGGUUUCUUCUCCUGGCCCUGAUGAACUCUGUCAUGAAUCCGAUAAUUUAUUCAUAUAAAGAUGAUGAGAUGUGGAGUACCAUGAAAAGGAUGAUUUGCUGCUCCUCUGAGGAUAAGAGCCAGGACAGACGCUCGUCGCGGGUCCCCUCAACAGUUCUCUGCAGGAGCACGGAUACCUCAGGGAACUACAUUGAAGAUGGCAUUAUUCAAGGGACAAUUUGUGGAAAAGGAGAUCUUGGUGGCAAAGGAAACUCCUGAGCUAUUCAAGGGACUGAAUUGGCUGGAAAAGGAGAGGGGGAAGGGAGAGGUUUUGCAAGAGAAGGUUGACUGGCAAAGCUAGUAAACAAUAUAUCCACUUUGUUCCAGAGCCUACACUCCAGUGUUAACAAAAGUUCUUAUAAAUAAUUGCCUGAUGGAAAAAACACUUUGUAAUGAAGAAAACCUUCCGUGCUGCCGUCUUUCUCCUUUUUUUUUUUCUUUUAAGGACAUGAAAUUGUUUUUUCGUAUGAAUGGAAUACAUACAUCUCCGACACUUUUUGUGCAUAGAAACAAAAUGUAAGCAAUGUAGUGAGACUCUUCUUAGUCUCCUCCAGAGAGAAGAAACCUGCCUUACUGUGCAGGCUUGGCAUUCAUUGAGUAUUUAUGCUUUGAACAGUUUCUGUGUGUCUUGAGGAGGAUCGUAGGCUUGGUUGGACAGAAAAGUGACCUGUUUUCUUGGUUUACCAAGUUCAUGAAAUAGUUCAUACUCACCUUCUCUCUUCCUCCUCCUCCUCUUGCUUUCAAAAUAGGUAGUUUGAUGGUUUAUUAAAGCUAUGCCAGAAACCUGGCUGUGAUGGAAGCCUACACCAGAUACCUGUGUGCAUGAGGGUGUCCGACCGUGGAUUGUCAGGCUCUGAGAAUACAAAAAGCACAAAAGCCAUUAUUCUGUAGCGGGGCGAGUGCUGCAAGGAGAUACAUUGCACUGUCUGCCGUUCUUGUGUAGGCAGACAUUGAGGCUGGACUAACAGAGAGCAGUGUGGCUGGGCUCAUUAUGCUCCUUUCUUACUUCCCCAGAUAGCAUCAAACGUGCGUGCUCACCCCUCUCUAACGGCUAUGCCACUGAGAGAAAUGAAAUCCAAAACUCCGCUUUGAGAGGGAAAACUUGUAAGGGAAGUUUAAAUAUACACAUAUACAGGUUCAAUCAAGCUAUUUAAAAUAGAAAUUACUUUACAGGAAAAAAAGCCUGAAACCAACCUAAGCCCCUACAAGAGUACAGUAUGCAUUGAUUGUCUGACCUUGUCUGGGCCACAUUUAACCUCUGACUUGCAAGCAGAUCUUACUGGAAGGUACUUGAGGAAGAGGCCAUGAAACAGCAAGCAGUGAAGGGCUUUCAGCAUUGUGACUAAUCAAGUCUAGUGUCUACGCAGCCACAGCCCAAAAAGCUGAAGUUUUGACUUACAGGGUAUGCGUGAAUGGAGGAUCCAUCAAUUUAAAGCUCAAUUUUUGAAUUUAAACAUUUAUAUUGAAAAUUGGAACAUAGAUUUCUCAGUGCUCUAAAAACCUGGCUCCUGCUGUCUGGUUUCAACAGCAGUGGGCUCCCUGUUUACCUGACUUAAUUUCAAGAGGAGUUACCUCUUGUGCCCUAGAGAAAGUCUGAUGCCUGGUAUUAAAGCAGGUGUCCACGACCAGAGGUCACUUUGUGAAGUUUUGGAAGUUUUGACCACUUGGAAUUGUCAGAGAACCCCAUCAAGAGCAUCUUGUACUAGCUUGAAAGAUCCGCUGUGGUUUAGGCAAAUUCUUACUUUGGUGCAACUUCCAUGUGGGUAUCCGGACUUGGCUCAAAGGCCGAGAUGCAGUUUUGUAGAAGGCACUGGGGGGGCUUCACAGCAGACCUUAGCUUAUGAACACAGCAAGCCCUUGUUCAGAGAACUCUCCUGUAACAUAAGUUACCUUGUAGGGAUAUGACCUAACAUUGCAAGGUAAAUGCUGUAUUUAUGAGUAAUGCUGCAAAGGUUUACACGUGUUUUUUGCCAUUAUAAUGCAAUGUUCUUGUGCAAAUACUACUUUGUUUGUUUGGUGUUUUGAAAAGCGUGUAAAAUGGUGCUUUCUAGAGCCGGUGGCAUUGCAAAGGCAUAGCAUGCAAGCAUUCCUGUCCCCACAGCUAUCUGCAGUGCACAGUUUGUGUUAACUAGGCCGAA